AUGGACAGUUUUCCAAAUGGACGACAGAAGGCGUCAGGAAAACUUUCCUUUGCUAAAGGGCAGAGGAUAUCGGAUGAUGAGGAGCCGUCAACGGCGAAUCGCAGAGUAAUAGAAAUGAAUGAUCCAUUAGAUGCGAUGAGUAUGAAUAGAGCUCAGGAUAAAUUGGUCGCAGCUGGUAGUAGAGGAAUUCUUCAAAUUAUUAAAUUAGCAAAAGGACAUGACGAAAUAAAUGAGAACCCGUACAUUAUAAAAGAAUGUGAUUUGCGUUCGCAAAAACGAGGAAAAAUUAACAUUUUGUUCUCGGCAAGUAAUGUUUCAUGGAAUAAAAUCCAAGAACAACACAUCGCAACAACAUCAUCAAAUGGUUCUGUUGUUGUAUGGGAUGUAACCAAAAAAACUAAAUACGUUGUUUAUAAAUCUCAUGAGCGAUCAGCUACUUGUAUAGAUUGGAGUCAUUAUAAUCCUUAUAUGGUUUUCUCAGGUUCAAGAGACUGUCACGUUUACGGGUAUGACUCAAGAGUUCCGGGUGAACACCAAAUAGGAUUUUGGGAUGGAACGUGUGAAGCAAUUCGAGACAUUGCAUUUGCCAACUAUAGCGAUAAAAACUACUAUUUUUUCACUGGCGAUGACAGUGGAGCCCUACGACUAUGGGAUAUGCGAAAUAAUAGCAGAUGGGUCCUACAGCGAACAGCCCACAACGCUUUUGUAUGCACAAUUGCCGUGAGUCCUGUGAUUCCGUCAUUAGUUGCCACAGGUGGUGGGCGUGAUAAACUUGUAAAGGUUUGGAAUUGGGACUCUGAUAAGCUUGAACGCGAAUAUGUCGUCGAAACCAUGGCACCGCUGGGAAGAGUUGUAUGGAGAAAGGAGAAUCCAUACCAUAUUGCGACUUGUGCAAGUGUCAAUGACAUGAAUAUACAUAUUUGGGAUAUUCGACGACCGUUUAUUCCAUAUGCUACAUACGAUGAACAUAGGGACAGUGUUACAGAUGUCUGCUUUCCGAGAAAUCAAAACUCGCACUUCUUAUCUUGUGGUAAAGAUGGACUUCUUAUUUUACACGCACUCGACUCAGGACAUGUUCCCAUCUCUUACGCGUGUGAUGUUCCGCUCGAUGUUGCCCCUGAUGGAGCUGUAGCUGUUGCAUUGAAUGUUGAUCUACCAAGUAAGGACCAGGAUCAACCAGCAUGUCUUCCUCGACGACGCAUGAUUCGGAAAAUGUCUCACGAGGCUUUCGAUGGUCCUGUUCAAAGUGUGAUUGCGUGCGGAGUACCUUCAACAUGCCAGAUUAGCAUGCAGCCUACGAUGAUUGCCGAACUAGCCAAACGAUAUUUUCUUGGAGGAAAGUCGGCAAACACGCUAUGCACACUGAACUUUAAAAUUGCAAAACUAUAUGGUAAUGAUCACAUAGCGCAGACAUGGAAUCUCGUUAACGGAUUGCUCACAAAAGCGGAUAUCCGUAGUGUGUAUUCUGGCGACCGAGCAAAGUACAAAAUGGAAGUCAAGAGAAAAAUGGAAAUAUUGAAUCAGGAAAUGGCGAAUGAAGGAAAAAAACGACUGCCAAAUUUUUUUGAUAUGACGGAUAUGAUAUUGGAUCGAAUGUAUGGCGAAAGACGUGAAACAAUGAGGAAUUAUCGAGACUUCAAAGUGUUAAGUUCGGACAGUGAUGAUUCGUCCAAUGAAAGUUUAAAUUCGGAAUCCAGUGACGAUAUCGAAGUUUUUGUGGAACCGAAAGAUCCGGAUGCCGAGCCUGUAUAUACCGAGGAAUUAACACUAAUAUCUCGAAGAAAACCCGGAGCCAAAAAUAAAUAUGGUAGACCGCUUGAAAGUGAUGGAACCAUGUCCGAUUUUUAUUUUGGUGGCGCCGAAGUCAAUAUGGAAGUUGAAGAUCCUCGAAAAGAAACCGUGUAUGUGAACGAAUUCAUGGGGCUUCGAGAUGAAGCAUAUGAAAUGCGAAACUUGUUCAGUACCAAGAAACGCGAAAAUGUGUUUGAUAGGCGCAUUGUUACGCUAAAAGAGGGUGAAGAGUGGACACCGAUGUUCGAGAUCUAUCGUCUUCUUCUCUACCAUGCAGAGCAGGGAGAUAUCCAAACUUGUGCAUGUGUUGCGAUUGUAUGCGGCCGUAAAUUUUUCGAUGUUGUCGAUUCGUAUACCGUUGGAUGUUGGAUUGAUACGUAUUUGGAAUUAUGCGAACGACUCGAACUAUUCGUCACGAUGGCCCAAAUUCGAAAAUAUUCACCAAUUUAUAGGAUUGGCGAGAUAUCUCGAGAGGGAACGCUUAUUGAAGUUGGACAUAAAGCAUGUGGUAAAGCAUUCGUGGAUGGAAGAUGCCAAGGUUGCGGUAAAUCUGCUACCCCGCAAUGCACUUUGUGUCGACGUAGUAUCCUUGGAUUGACUUUCCAAUGUGAGCUUUGUCUUCACGCAAUGCAUCCAAAUCACGCUGUGGAACACUUCGAAAAGCAUAAUACUUGUGCCGACUUUUAUUGUCUCUGUGAAUGUCCCACAUCUACAUAUCCAUAUAUUACGCGCUAUUUUUACAAGCCCAAAGGAUUUCCAAUUGAUGUUUCGACUAAAUCGAAUCUCUAUGAGGGUAUUGAAGAUGAAAAUGAGGAAAACCUGAAGGUUGUUACUCCAUUCCGAUAUGUUCCGAAAGAUCCGGAUGAAGGCAAGUAUUUGCAUUAUUCAUCGGUUUACAGUCGAAUAACGAGAAUCGAAGAGGUUGUGAGUUCUGGAGGGUCGAGCGACGAACAAGACGAGCAGAAACAUAAGAAAAACUUUAAUUGCGAUGCAUCCCUUAUUUCGGAUAUCCUUUAUUCAUCCGAAACGACACGGACGUCGCUUGAUGGUAUCAUUCGAAAUACUAUCAAUUUUCUGGAUGAUAUUCGUAAAAAUAAUUCGUUCGUGCGUGAAAGGUAUAAUGAUGGAGAAAAUGAAAACGAAGGAGAAGAAAAUGGCGCGAAUGUGGAUCUUGUGGAUAUUGACCAAAUUAGGGCGAAUGAGAAUAGGACAGAAUACGAGGAAGAGCUACUAACUCGAUAUGAAAAUUGCGUAAAAUUCGUCGAAAGCAUUCAACAAUUUGGAGAAGAAUUGCCGAUGGACAACGAUAUGACUCCGUUCGAAUCGUAUGAUCAACCGAUACCACUUCAGCUGGAACGCAUUCUUCCUAUAAAAAACGACUUGUCUGAAAACGAGAACGAAGUUGACGAUGAAGAUGACGAGGAUGUCGAUGAAAUUGAAAGCUGCGACGAUGAAUUUAUGGAUUCGAGUGUUUCAAAAUCUGAUAAAAGGAGAAAGAGAAGAAGGAAAAAAGAAAAGAAAAAGAAAGAAAAAACUAAGGAUGAAAAACCUGUUGAAAAACCGCCGCCACAGGAAACGAAGAAGUCGAUGAAAACAGUAAAGAAAAGCAAACCCGUCCCAAUUACAGGAAAAGAGGAAGGGCAUUUAUCGACAAAUUACGAAUCAGCAUCUACAGUAAUGACAUUUGUAGACCCAAGAGCAUGUAUUCCCAUUAUGGUGCCGAGACCGAUGGUUGAAAGUGAUAACGAAAAGCUGAGACAAGGAAAGCUGAUUACUCGUAACAAAGUUGAAGAACUUUUGGAAACGAAUCGUCAGACCGAAGGAAACAACGAACCGGCAGAUGAAGUGUUCGAGAAAAUAACACUAAGUGGUUUUGAGGAUGAUGAGAGAUUCAAGAACAUCAAAGGUCGUAUAAUUGUUUUGGACAAAAGGGGAAAGAAACCGUUUGAUGCGUACCAUCACAUUGUCGAAGAGGAGGAAGUUGAAGAAGUUGAAGAAGAGGAAGAAGAAGCUGUGGUAGAAGAAGAGGAAAAACCGAAAAAUUGUGAAGAUGAUGUAGAAAAGUCGACGGAGUGUGAAGAAGUUCAGGAACAAACUGUUCCUGCCAAAAAAGAUCACCAUCAACGCAAGAGUAAUACUCGAAAAGUGACGAGAGGAAUCCAAAUCCAGUUAAUUCCUAAAGACAGUUCUGGAAACGUUUUCGAGCCAAGGCGACGCCAGCAGAGUGAAACAGAAACCGAUGGUGGACCGAAUAAUUCGGGCGAAUUUGAAUUCGGAGAAGAUUCUUCGGAUAAAAUGUUUUAUGCGAAAUUGCCGGAGGCAUUUCUCAAACGACCAUAUGAUAUCGAAACAGUCCAAUCAAUCGAAGACGAUAUAGAUGUCGAGGAUUUGAGCGAUGAGAGCAAUGAAAUGAACGCCGAAGAAUUGCCAGAGCCAAUUAUUGAUCCAAAACCAGCAGGUCCAGAUGAUCUGAUCAAUAUAUUGGUUAAUAUGGAAUAUAAAAUGGGUGAAGAAAGUGAUGCUGAAUGUGUUGUCGAAAAAGUUGAACGAAAUAUGAAGAAAACCAAAAAACCGAGGAAGGCUUUUCCGGAUUAUUUUGCAAUUUUGAACGGAAAUAAUGCAAUUGAUCAAAUGUGUUUCAAGGAACAAUUGAAAAUGAUGAAGAAACUGAAAAAGCAAAAAAAUGUGUUCCAAUUGAGAAAAGAAGAAGAGGAAUUGACUGAAGAAUUCAUUAAAUUGUAUUACUUCAUUCCGUGGAAUUUGAUCACAAAAUCUGAAAAUCAAGAUUACCUUCGAAAAGUGUUUUUUAUGUUCGAGCGAUUCAAAACUCUCAGAAAACGAGUGUGCACUGUGCAUUUUAACGAUUUUAAAUUCAAUCUUAUGGCGUAUUCAAUUUCGAUGCGUAUGCGACACAUUCUAUUUAAUGGAACUUAUAAUCCUGAUCAAAUUUUGAACGAAGUUGAUGCACGACUGGGAUACGAAGAUAUCAAACAGAUGAUCUAUGAACAAAGAUCUAUUUCUUAUUCGUCGCCUGAAGAACUUAUUCUGAAGCCGUGUAUCAAAUCGUAUGCAGAAUUACAAACAGUUGUAAAAUCUCGAGAUUCACCUGAUGUAGAGAAUGUGAUUGAGUCGAUUGAAAGUAUUCCGAUUCAUUUUGAACGUCCAAGCAAAGUUUAUAUAAAUCAUUUGCGAUCGUGUAUGAUGAGUAGUACGAUUUGGAAAAUGAAAGUAAACGAAAAGAUUAUAUUCUUUGAUCGACAACAAGAAAAAUGGAAGAAAUUCGAAAAAGAAGCUCUUCCUUUGCUUCAAAAUCCUCGGAAAAAAGCUCUUCCUGUUUGCCAAAUCGAAAUUGGAGACAAAAUUGUUCAAUUGAAAGCCACUGAGACAAAUAUACCAUUUCGACUCAAGCUGGUGCAAAUACAAAAGGAGUUCGACGGCCUUCUAUCCGACCAAGAUAACGAUGUUGAUAUGGUUUUUGGUGGCUCGAAACUGGAUUAUCUUGGCAAAAAUGAUCUCAUACGAGUCGGAUAUGGAUUAUUGAACAUCAUGAAAUUGUUGAGUAAUGCGUCACAGUAUCGCGAAAAGAAUUGUUUCUCUAAAAACCGCUACAAAUUACUGAAAUGUGAGAAAAAGAAGUCGGAGACAGUGGAGCCGCGGGUGAUAAAGAAAAUCAACAAGACUGCAAACGCAAAACGUCGCAAGCGUCGUCUGAUGAAGGAGAGGAUAAAUGCGGCACUAGAAAUGAAGAUUGGAGAAAUAUUGGAAUCUGCUCGUAAUAGGAAGCUUUCGAUGGAACAAAGACUUGCGCUUAUCAACAAGGAAUACAAUAAAAGAGUUAUGAGGAAGAAGCUGAAGAAGAGGAAGAGGAAGAAGAAAGUGCGAUUCAUUCUGCCAAAUGAAACUAAACAUUUGAAGAAAUUCUCAUCACGAAAACUCUAUAAAAAUUUUCUUAAAGUUUGCAAAAAACUAGAAAUGGGCUUAAUAAAAGGAAAGAAGAUGCCAAGAAAAGAAGCGAAGUUGCCUAUCGGCAACAUUCCAAGCAUUUGUGAACCAGUGAAGGAUAUUAUGGACAAGGAAGACUCAACAAAAGAGGUCGAUGUUAAUGAAAUUGACAAGAUGGCUUUAAAUCGUCUUGAUAAACAACGUCAGAGUGUGUGUGCUGGAAACUGGAAUCUCGAAUUUUCCCAGCGUUUGAUCACGGCGAAAAAUGCUCUUCUUCAAGCCGAAAUGAUGAUGGAAGACGAAAUCCGAGCAUGGAUUAUGUUUGAGUAUUAUACGAGGAAAAAGGAACGAAAAAGGAAAAUCGAAGUGUUGAAAAAUCGUCGAAUGAAAAGAGAUAUUUUCCAAUAUAUUCCAAACGACGUGAAGAAAAGGAUUUUUGAUCUACAUAGUGCUGAAAUUCGACGUCUCGCGAACAAGGCAAAACGUGAAAAGAAGGAAGAAUAUCUUGAAAACAAAGAUAAGGAGAAUCCCGAUGUUAUUAAAAACUUUCCAACAUCGGCACUGGACACGGAAGAGCUUGAUGUAUUUUUCAUGCACUUUUUACUUUCGAAAGAGGAUGAAGAAGAACUAGAAAAUGAACUGGAGAAAGAAGAAAAUGUAAUGGAAGUGAGCGAAGAAGACGUGAAAUUGGUUGUCGAUUCAAGUUCGAAACUGUUUCGCAUCGAUCAACUCGCUAGAUUAUUGGCACAACAUGGCGUUUAUUUGCUCAAAAAAGUUUCUAAGAGAAAUAUGCGCGUUCAUGAAGUUCGAAAAGUAAUCGGCUAUAUUCUGAGAAGAUUAACUGAUCGAAUGAAAAUGUCGAAGAGCGCUUUGAAACCACUCGUUCGUGAUUGGUUCCGAUAUAGCAAAGGAUCUUAUGAAGAAUUCGGAAAGAUUCUCGAAAAUCACGUUCAAAAUCGAGUUGAUCGAGAGACACACGCGUUGAUGUUAUUCGUCGAGAAAAAUCAUUCUGCUCAGAAAUAUGCCGAUCUGUUUGAUGAACUUGUCGUCUCGGAAUGCAUCAAUCAUAUGCUCACAACAAUUGAGAUGAAUGAAAUGAAGGUUCAAAACGAAAUCAAGCCUAUUCCUAUUCCACGCUAUAGUGAAAUUUUCGAAGACGUUUUUGAUGAUGAUGAAGAAAUGACGACCACCACUAAUGAAGAAAUGACGUCCACAACGAAAUCGAGCACUCAACGAAAAUCAGCAGUUUCAUUUUUGGAUCCCGAAACGGGUAUGGCGACGUAUUCGGAAGUCUGGACACGCGGAAUCAAACGAGAAAAACCGCUAACGAGAUGGAAAUCCGCCGAUUGCGUCUUGAUGCCUUAUUCCGACAAAUGCGCCACUGAGCACAAGCUGAAAUAUAACUAUAGGAGAUUAAGCUUCAUCAGUGACAUCAAAUCGAUUGGCUCGAACAAUGUCGAUUCCGAGAACACGUUAUCUGAUGAGAAAUACAAGAACCUCCUAUAUUACACCCUCAGAAUGCAUCAGUCUAAUAACAGUGAUGGUGGCAGUUUGUUCAGCAGCGGUUAUAGUGGAAGUAGUGGAAAUAAUGUGUUUACGGGAAGCAGUGAAAGUACAGGAUGCGCUGAAAGUGUUGGAAGUAGCGGAAGUGGAAAAUGCGAAGAAAUAUUUGAAGACGAAACUGUUACGGAAGAGAAUUUUGUGUAUAACAUUGGGAAAAACGACAAGGAACUCGAAUUUUCCGAACAAUUUUUGCACAAAAAGCUCAAAACGGAUCGAAAAUAUUACGAAGGAACUGAGCAAAUGGAAUGGGAAGAUGUCAUUCAUCAAUUCGGAAUAACAAUAAACGAAGAUGCACUCAUUCCGCAAAUUAAAUUUGUACCGUAUCAAUCAAUUCCACAAGAAAAUGCUCACAUUUCGUCGGAUGAAGAUUCGGAAGCCGAAAGUGUCGACAGUUAUUGCUCAAUGAAACAUUGUUAUAGACAUGAGCUUUACUUUAAUCGAGAACGCUCUCGUUAUCGUCUUCCAGGAUGCGUUGUCUCGUUUUCGCCUGAAGAGUUCUUCAUUCCUGAUAUGUCUGAUGUAGGUGUCGUCCGAAAAUGGCAGAAGAUUAUUGAAGCAUCGAAUUCAGCGAUUGACUUUAACGGAUAUGUUUUACGGCAAAGAUUAAUUGCAAAAUGUCGAUCGGAAUUUUUGGAAAAAGUGACGAACAAAUACAAAGGAGAUAGCACGCGUUUGAAUUUGAAAAUUUUUGAUGGAUGUUUUAUUUACGUCAUCACCGAUAUUGACUUAAAUCCAUGGGUAGUUCAUGUCGUUGAGAAGAGAAAACCGCAGAUAUUUGCUGUGACGUUGGCUGUGCGGCAGGAAAUGCUUAAUGAUUUUCGCGCCGGAAUAAUGGAAUGGAGACAAAUUGAAUGGAUCGAUAAUGAAGUUCUUCGGCAUAUUCCUCUUAUUUCGACCACAAAUGAUUUGGAACAGCAGAAUUCAAGAGUUCUCUUUGAAAUGCCUCUGAGCGAAGAAGUUCGACGCGAAUGGUUCAGAAUGAAUAAGCAAGAAGGAAUUGAAGCAUUAAAUGCAAUUAUUCGUAUGAAGCGAAUUCCACCAGAAAACCCACGAAGGAAAAUUCUGGAAAAAAUCUUCAAACCAAUUUAUGACAAUUUUUAUGAAGAUUGGGUGAAAGUUAGGAAUAAUCCACGAUCAGAAGUUAUUUUUCAACCUAAGAUUAGUGAUUUGGAACGAGGAUUGAUUGCAGUUAAAUAUGCGUACAACUAUGCUUAUCAAUUUCAUUUAAUUCUUCAAUGCGAUCCAGUUAUUUCUAAAACCAAGUCGAAAGAAUUUGGUGUUCAUUUACCCAUGUUCCGUCAAGACGUUCCGAGUAGUUCACUUUUAAAAGGAAUGCGAGAAGCCAUAAUGGGUUUUGUCAAUGCCGAAUCACAACUCCUUCCACUGGAAAUUCGACGACAAGUCCUAAAUCGAAUACUUCAAAUUACGCAGCAUGGAAGUCCAAACGAGAAAUGGGUAUGCGGAGAGGAUGAAAGUGAAGGAGAAUCUGAUGACGAUGAUGACGAUGAUGAGGAGAAAAAUAAAGAUUUCGAUUUGGAUCAAGCACUGCGGGAUCCAAAGUUUCUCGAGCAAUGUAUUAGAAAGGCGGGCAAAAAGAAGCGAAUGCAAUGGGAACCACUUGAUGAGUUUAUGCGUUUAAAGAAGGAAUAUGACGAUCGUGAUAUCAAUUAUCGUAUUUUCAUGUGUAAAACUCUAUUUGAAAUAGCGAAAAACCUUGUUGCGAAAACGUGCCCAAAACUUGGAAAUAUUGAACAAGCGAAAUACAAAUUUCAAAAGCUUCUUCAAUCUCAUACCAGAACGAGACCACUGUUUGAUAUGAUGUUGUCCGAAAUUGACGGUGUGCAAGAUUUUAUACCGCCAACAGCACGCGAGUUUUUGGAGAAGUAUGGUAUUCAAAAGGAAUUCAUCGAGUUCGGCGUAUCAACAAAUGAUGAAAUGAAAAACUUGAGUGUGAACAAAUGUGUUGAAGAAUUUGAAGUCGACGAAGUCGAAGAUGGUUACGUGUUUGAGAAGGAAUAUACAAAAUACGGCAAAUUUGGAGAAAUCGUGAAAGAAAUGAUUGAGAAAAAACACCGAGAAGAUGAGGAAAAAAUUAUGGAAAUGAAAAAAUCGCGAAAAGUGAGCAUUCUUUUCAAUUCAUCCGAAAAUGAAGGCGACGAUGACAACGACUAUGAAUCUUCAACAACUACGACAAACGAUUCAUCCGACUAUUUUAUACGCGAAACGAAUCCCAGCAAUAAAUUUAAGGAUGAAAUUGAAGAAUUCGAGUUGUCUGACUAUCUCAAAGACGAAAUUACAACUGAGAGUCAGACAAAAACAUCAAGUGAAAUUGAUUUUGAUAGUCAAGAUAGACCAUCAAAUGCUCACAAAAACGAACAUCGACGAAUAGAAAAGAGCGUGGAUGAAAACGAAUCGGAUUUAGAAGUUGAAUCGAAGCCAUCAACUGGAUCUGACAGAAGUGAGGCUGAGGUUCACGGAAAAAUUGGAACCGCCGAUGUUGAGAAAAGACAAUCACAAGAAAAAGAAUUAUCCGAACUGGAAUCGGAUCUCGAUGAUGAUCAACUCUUUGGAGGAAGCAAUCAAGAAGAACACGAAACGGAAGCAGAAUCCGAAUACGACGCUGAUCUCAGAGCGAUCUUUAGUCAAGAAUCCAAAAACUAUGAAAAAGUUGGUGUCAAAAAAAUGGAGCAAAGAACGAAAUUGUUUUCGAAGGUCGAAAGAGAUGAUCGACGAAAACGACGAAUUUGGCGAAUGAAGCAGUGUCUCAAAAGACAGCCAGGAUUGGCGUUUUUAGACGAAUAUGAAUCAGUUUCAAGUGACGAAGAGAAAAAGAUUAAAAGAGAACUUAAAAAGAGAGAGAAGAAAAAGCUUCGACGGUUCUAUGGUUUGCCGGACAGUUCCGACUGGACGACGUGCUCCGAAGAUGAAGUAAUUAUGCUCAUGGCAAAAGAAAGGGCCGAGACUGAAGCGAGACAAAAGGCUGAAGCGAGAAGAGCAGAAGCUGCUGCAAAUGGAGAAGUUCUGGAGGAUGAAGAAGAAACGGAAGAAGAAGAAGAAGAAAAAGGCGAUGUGCGAAGAAAAGGAGAUCCUGCUACUCAACUCAAAAUUAGUCGAAAAAUUUGGGCAUUUCCAGCAGUCGAAGGAAAAACGUUUAGAGGAAAGGUUCAACGAAGAUCGAGAAAUCGUGCUGUUAAAGGACGCUUUGGUCUUCGAGGGGUUAAACGAAAAUAUUUACGAGUUAAAAGAGUCCCAAGUAUCGGCAAAAAGAAGAAAGGAAGCAACACGUCCAUCCGAUUUGCUCCAAAACACACUAUAAUAGAGUACAAUGUGCUCACAACGUCGGAUCGUGAAUUCUACAAGGAGGAAGUCGCAGAAGGGGGAGACGAAGUUCAAGUUCAAUUUCCAUAUACGGAGACAGAAGAAGAAAGACGAAGUAGAAAACGAUUGAAGAGAAUAUUGAGGGCAAUUCGGACUGGAAAAAUAUUGAAGGAUGACUGGAAAGAAGAGAAAAAGAAGAAGAAAAAGAACAAAAUUGUGAACAUGGAAAUCAUGGACGAAAAUAUGACGGUGGAGGAACCAACGGAAAAAUCGACGACCAAUGAGAAGAAGAAUAGGAUCGGCAAGAAGAAAAGUGCCAAAACUUCGACAAAAUCGAAGGCGAAGAAGAAGAUGAAGAAGAAGGAAGAAGCAAUAAAAAGUGCUCGAGAUAUUAGACAUCGUAUUCUUCAAAAAACUGUAUAUCCGCAUGUGCUCCUCAACUUUAUUGACAUUGAGAAAGAGCUCGAAGACGACAAGGAUGAGGUCGAAGAUUACGAUCAUGUGGAUUUAUUUGAUUACAAAUUCGAUUAUAUGCAGGAUUAUAAUCGAGAUGAACUCCCCAAAUACUCGUUCAUUAUUGAUGAAAAUUGCUGGGCAAGGAAAGAAGAAACUGAAAAUGCGGGGCCUCUUUCGGACGUUGAAAAAUUCGACAGAAGCAUUGAAAAGGAGAGAGAGUUGUUCAAAAAACUCGCAUUAGGAAAGUGGCCUGUUCUCGAUUUUAGUGCAAGCGAAGAAGAGGAUGACAAUCAUGAAGAAAUCAGAGGAAAUGGCGAAGACGAAACGCGUGAACAGAAAAAAAUAAUGAAGGCUGCAUUUGAAAGUGAUGACGAUGACGAAGAAGUGAAAAAACGCGGUGUCAAAAAAUUGAAGAAGGGAAAAGCCGGAAAAUCAAGAAAAGAAGAGGCAGAAGCUGAAGUAGUAAAGGGAAAAUGUAAAACUAGGAAAUUGAAGAAGGUAGAAACGAAAGAUGAAGAAGAAGUAGUAGAAAAAGUAGAGGACGAUGAAGAAAGGGCUGUGAGACAUGCGAAUGCUUACAUGCUUCAACGCAUGGAACAAUAUCGACGCGAAAAUGAGUUUGAUGAUUCGUUGAAAUACGUGUACAUUGCAUGUGAUGACAAGAUGAAAUAUCGAAAGGAUAUCGACGAGAAAAAUAGUCGAAAUUUAUUCAAUGACAUCAAGGAGAAAUUCGUUAUGGGACCAUUUGAAUGGCAGAAGAAAAUAAUAACAGAGAGGAGAUUCAAACAUUUCGCCAGUAUGGAUCGCAAAUAUUUGGCGUACCACAUGAGCGAUGAGAACAGGGAACGACUUGAUGAGUUGACUAAUAUUAUUCGAAAGAAUUGCCGAUGGGCACACAAAUCAUGGGGACCAUUUGUCCAACUUGCUGAAUGGGAAUACAAAUUGGUGGAAGACGAAGAAGGAGAAAAAGAAGAAGAAAAUUCGAUGAAGAAGGAUGAAAAAGACCGAGAUCCUUUGAUGAACACAUUUCUGGUUGUGCCACGAAUUGCGUUGUUGAAAAACUGUGUUCGACUUGGCGUCAGAUGUACUCCUUUGGCUAUUGGAAUUGGCCUGGGUGCAAGUUUGAGACGUUUGAAAUGUGAGGCGGUUGUGCAAAAAGAAGACCCGUGGCUAUUGGUACCCGAAAAGAAGGUUCCACAAUCUUCUACGUGGACAAUUGUAAAAGCUCCGAUCACAUUAGUGCUGACAAUUCUACAAACUCUUCGAAAACUCAUAAGAUGUGUCAGCUUAUUCUUACGAUUUGCGCCGAUUCUCGUUAUCUAUCCGAUAGCGUCGCGAAUUGAAUCACUUGAAGAAGUUUGGUGGAAAUUAUUAUUGUGGUCUGUCCAGAACAGUGGUCCAACAUUUGUGAAACUCGGACAAUGGGCAAGCACACGUCGUGAUAUUUUCAGUAAAAAAUUUUGCGAUCGACUCUCGAUUCUUCACAUUCAAACCAAAAAGAAGCGAUUGUUUCGUGACAAGGUGCAUGUAUUCAACGAGAUUUUCGGAAAAGAAUUUAUGGAAAAGCAUGGCGACUCAGUUUUCCCGGAAAUCGAACCUUAUUCAAUUGGAUCGGGAUGCAUCGCGCAAGUGUUUCGCGGAACAAUGAAUGUCGCCGAGUUUGAAAAGGCCACCGGACAGUCGCUGCCAACACUGGCCGGCAGGAAACACCAGAAGGUGGCGGUGAAAGUCGCCGACAAAGGUGUUCGGCAGAAGAUUGAGCUCGACUUGUCAAUUUUAAGAUCUGUUGCGUUCUUCUUACAAAUGAUGAUUCCAUCAUUCCGAUAUCUUGAUCCGAUGGGAGCGCUGGAGCAAUUCGAAAUGGUUUUGAGGCGACAGGUCGAUUUGAGUAAUGAGGCUAAAGCAUUAAAAAAAUUCUCAGAAAAUUUUGAUCCAAAGGAAACAGGAAUUCUGUUUCCAACAGUCUUGGGAUAUACGAGAAACGCAAUUUUGGAGACUUAUGAAGAUGGCGUUUAUAUUAAUCGGAUUGUUGCUGAAGAAGGACAAACUGAGCUUAAAGCGAGACAAUCAACGUCUGUUCGACGACGAAUUGCUCUUAUGGGAGCUCGUGCUCUGCUCAAAAUGAUAUUUGUGGAUAAUUUUGUGCACGGGGACUUACAUCCCGGAAAUAUUCUAAUUCGAUUCAACGACGACGAGAAUGGAAGUAAUCUUGAGGGAGUGCACAAAGCGCCGAGGACAGACGCGCUGCCGAAACGCUUGGCGGAGUGGUUUCGUUCGUUGAUCAAUUAUCGCUCGACGCCCAAGAUUCGAUUCACAGAUUCGCCGGAUCUCGAUGAUGAACCGACAUUGGUUUUGCUUGACACAGGAAUCGCGAUUUCUGAGACGCCGAAGAAUUUGAAUAAUUUGAAGUCGCUAUUUCGAUGCGUUGUUGAAAAGAAAGGAUAUGAUGUCGGACGACUAUUGCUUUCCCAGUCGCCUCAUCAGCAAUGUAAAGACCCAGACACCUUCUGCAAACAAGUUGAGAAGCUGGUUUUGAAGGCGAGAAGCGAAAAAAGCCUGAGAACGUUAAACAUUUCGGCUCUUUUAUCGGAAAUGUUUUCAAUUGUCGCUGAACACAAAGUCGAAUUGGAUUCGUCGUUCACAACUGUUGUGUUAUCUGUGAUGGUACUCGAAGGAUUCGGUCGAUCUCUCGAUCCCGAUCUUGAUCUCUUCCAAUUACCUCCGCUGAGACCGGAAGCUGGUAAGAAUAUUCCGAGAACGAAUCAAACUUGGCUGGAAGAGUAUUUAGAAGGAAAGGAUGAGAUUUUGUUGUACAUAACUGCUGCUCUCGGAGUAUUUCUGCCAGGAAUCGUCUAUUUUUUGUAUUACAAAUGCCAUUCUUACUAUGAAAAAUAUGCAGAGAAAAAGGAAAAAGAGCGGAUAGCUGAAAUGAUUGCACAAUCUGAAACUGCUGUAAUCGUUCUCGGUUCCGAAAAUGGCCAAGCCCAUAAAUAUGCAAAUCUCAUUUACACGAGGCUCACUGCUGAACUUGUCCGGCCACCAGCGUUGUGGAUGUCGGACUCUUUUGAUGUUAAGAAAAUGACGGAAUUCAAGGGAUUUUGCAUUUAUGUCGUCGACACAUUAACCGGAGGCUCUUCUACAGAAUCAUCGGAAUGGUUUUUGGAAUGGCUUGAAGAUUUGGCGGCGAAUUCAAAAAUGAAGAAAAAAUCGAAUUUUGAUACUAUUCGAUUCGCAAUUGUCGGAUUCGGAAGUUCGGAUGAUGGGCGAAUCAACUUUAACAAGACUGCUCGAACUUUGCUGAAACGAAUGAAAAUUCUAGGAUCGAAGCAAAUAAUCGAAGUAGAAAUCCACGACACCAAAAAUGAUGAAGUUAAAGUCAAAGAAAGAAUGGACGAGUUUGUGGUAGAAUUACUCGAUGCCAUUGAGAAAUACUAUCCGAAUAAUGAAACUUACACUGACAGUGAAGGUGAUUUGACAGACGGAACCGAGUUUUCUGACGAAGAUUUCGAAAAUGAUGGAAAGAAGCUGAAAUAA